AUGGCUUACUUGAGGUAUUUUUCAACCAAUGAUUCAUCAUCGUCAACAUCAGCUGUUCACGCUGGAUCAAACAGUUGGCCGGAAACAUACGGAAUCACCGGUCCGAUGAGUUUGGCCGAGCCGAGACCAGAGGAAAUAAAACUAACGAAAAAACUGGAUGCUGUCUUGCAUAGAAAUGAUAUGUAUGAAACUGAUGAGGACAUUGUUAGAAGAACUGAAAUAAUGAAGAGAAUCAACAAUCUCGUCGACGUUUGGGUCAAAAAAGUGAGCGCCGAAAAGAAGAUACCCCAAAAUUCGAAUCUUCGAGCGAAAGUUUACCCUUUUGGGUCGUACAAACUUGGCAUUUACGCUAAAGGGGCCGACAUAGACACGUUGGUAGUGGCACCAGAGCAAAUCGACAGAAUGGAUUUCUUCGCAUCGUUCACGAAAAUGUUGAGGAGAGAGCCAGGGGUGACAAACGUGCAAAACAUUCUCUACGCCUUCGUGCCUGCAAUCAGGAUGACACUCGAUGGCGUUGAUGUUGAUGUGCUGUUUGCCAGGCUGCCGGUGAAAGAAUUGGAAGAUACCCUGGAUCUGAUGGACGACGACAUGUUGGAGGGUUUGGAUCAGAAAUCUUUCAGGAGCAUCAACGGUUAUCGAAACACGAUUGAGAUUUUGAACCUCGUCCCACACGUCCAAAACUUCAAAACGACCUUACGAGCCAUCAAACUUUGGGCCAAAAGAAGAGGCAUCUACUCGAAUGUCCUCGGCUUCAUGGGUGGAGUGUCGUGGGCGACAUUGGUGGCCCGCAUCUGUCAGAUCUAUCCAAAUGCAACUCCAUCAGUCCUCGUCCACAAGUUCUUCGUCUUAUUCUCACAAUGGAAGUGGCCUCAACCAGUUCUGCUGAAACAUCUGAGUAAGAGUAAGAAGUCCGGAGGUUUUGGUUGCUGGGAUACUCCGGACGAUUUGAUGCCGAUCAUCACACCAUGUUACCCCAACCAGAACUCAGCACACAACGUCAGCAGUUCAACUAAGGCACUCAUAGUGAAAGAACUUAGUAGGGGUCUGAAAAUUUCUACCAACGUCAUGAAGAAGAAACAUUCAUGGGAGUUUCUUUUUAAGCCGGUUGACUUUUUCAAUCACUACAAUCAUUUUAUCUCGGUGAGGGUUGAUUCAGCAAAUGCAGCCUGUCAUUUGGAAUGGUCUGGACUCGUUGAAUCUAAACUUAGAAUCUUGGUUCAAAAGUUGGAAGCCAAUCCUGAAAUUAAGCGGGCUCAUAUAAGUCUUGAGGAGUAUCCAACAACAAAUAAUACGUUUCAUAAUAACAGGGCAGAUGAACUUUCCAAACAAUGGAUCGUUGGAUUGUCACUGAGUAGAGCCAUGGACGACGAUGUUUUUCUAACUGAAGAGACAUGCGACUUUGUCGAUCUAGGUUGGUUUUCUUUGCUUAAUUUUUUUUUAUGUAACCACUAUUUUUAA